UGCGCCGCUGGCUCCGCCCCACCGCUUCCCCCCCGCCACCCAAUGAGAGCCGGGGCGGUGCCACCUGUCAUGGCCACCCCCGCGCUGCGGCCUUGAGCACCAGAGGCCUCUGUCGAUCCCGCCGCCGCCAUGGGCACCGUGUACGCCCGGAGUUUGGAGCCCCUUCCAAUGAGUGGGCCAGACUUUGGUGCCUUGGGAGAGGAAGCUGAGCUGGUUGAAGUUGAACCAGAAACCAAGCAGGAAAUUCUUGAAAACAAAGAUGUGGUCGUUCAGCAUGUACACUUCGAUGGACUUGGAAGGACCAAAGAUGACAUUAUCAUGUAUGAAAUCUCUGAUGUUUUCAAGGCUAAAAAUCUCAUUGAUGUAAUGAGAAAAUCACAUGAAGCUCGUGAAAAGUUGCUUCGUCUAGGAAUCUUUAGACAGGUAGAGGUUCUGAUUGAUACCUGUCAAGGAGAUGAUGCCCUUCCAAAUGGUUUAGAUGUAACCUUUGAGGUAACAGAAUUAAGAAGACUAACUGGAAGCUAUAACACUAUGGUUGGCAACAAUGAAGGCAGUAUGGUACUUGGGCUCAAGUUCCCCAAUCUCUUUGGACGUGCAGAAAAGGUAACCUUCCAGUUCUCAUAUGGAACAAAGGAAACUUCAUAUGGCCUGUCGUUCUUCAAACCACAGCCUGGAAACUUUGAAAGAAAUUUUUCAGUUAACCUGUAUAAAGUAACUGGACAGUUCCCUUGGAGCUCUCUUCGUGAAACUGAUAGAGGAAUAUCAACAGAACUUAAUUUUCCAAUCUGGAAGACCAAUCACACACUGAAGUGGGAGGGUGUGUGGAGAGAGCUUGGCUGCCUUGCUAGAACAGCGUCCUUCUCCGUUCGAGAAGAAAGCGGACACUCUCUGAAAUCUUCCCUCUCUCAUGCCAUGGUAAUUGAUUCCCGGAACUCUACAAUCUUGCCAAAACGAGGUGCUUUGCUGAAAAUUAAUCAGGAGCUGGCUGGCUAUACAGGUGGAGACGUGAGAUUUCUGAAAGAGGAUUUUGAAUUUCAGUUGAAUAAGCAGCUUCUCUGGGAUUUGGUGUUUUCGGCAUCCCUUUGGGGUGGAAUGCUAGUACCUAUUGGAGACAAGCCAUCCAGUAUAGCUGAUAGGUUUUACCUUGGUGGACCAACAAGCGUGCGAGGAUUCAGUAUGUACAGCAUUGGACCCCAGAAUGAAGGUGAUUACUUGGGAGGAGAUGCCUAUUGGGCUGGAGGCUUGCAUCUGUACACUCCUCUACCUUUCCGGCCAGGUCGAGGAGGUUUUGGAGACCUUUUCCGAACACAUUUCUUCCUCAAUGCUGGAAAUCUCUGCAAUCUUAACUAUGGUGAUGGUCCCAGAGCUCACCUGCAGAAGCUGGCAGAGUAUAUCCGAUGGUCUUAUGGUGCCGGAAUAGUUCUCCGACUUGGAAACAUUGCUAGAUUGGAACUUAAUUACUGUUUCCCCAUGGGAGUACAGUCUGGUGACAGGAUAUGUGAUGGUGUUCAGUUUGGAGCAGGAAUCAGAUUUCUAUAAUACGGAAAUUAUUUACAUCAGUACUACGAAGUUGAGCUCUGUAAUUGAAAUCAAGACUAUACAGCUUGAUAUGGUCUAUUUUUUUUCUUGAAAUACUGAUACACAUUUGAAUGAUUUACCUCAGACUCCACAAGAAACUAUAUUAAAAGAAUUAUGCUCUAAAGGUUCAUUGUACCUCUGAUUCUUAACAAAGAUGGGAGAAUGCUUGUAAGAUUCUAGCUAUUUUAGUUUUUACUUAGUAGUAGUUUCAUAAAAAGUGAGACAGUUGUGUUGGAAAUUGGUUCUUGAAUACAUUCAACAUGACUGUAAUUGUCAUUGGCCUGCAUAGCCUUCAGUCUUCCAACUGGAAGUCUCUCAAGUGCUGGGAUGAUCCAGUGCAUGUAUGGUCAGAGUGGAAAUUAAGGGGUAACAGUUUUUCUCCAUCUUCAAAAUGCAUCAAAAAUGAUUUGGUACAAAAAUUAAUGGUAUUUAGUGAAGCAGAAUGUUCUGAUUCAGGUAUGUUUCACUACUGUAAAAUCAUCCAUAUGUAAAUGUGUUCUUUGCCUAGCAUUGUGAAUGCUAGAAUUCAAGAAUAACUUUGAAAGAUUCUCAAUUCUGAGGCAGUUUUGAGUCUUUAGUGAUCUUAGUCAAGCCAUUGAUUUUGGGUCUUGCUGGUUAGAUCUUCUGUAGCAGUUGCAAAAACAGACAUCUGGAAGUGAUCACAUUGCUACCUUGUUUGCUUUUGUGUCAGAGGCAUGCCUCACUACUAACUUUUUUAGAUGCUAAUCAUAAAAGUGGCCUCUGAGACUGGAGUAAUUCACUAGUUCAGUCCUAAUGACUCAACUUUGAAGAUAGUUUAGAUAGGUUGAUAGACCUACAUCAGUCUUCAGUUGUUAUAAGAGAGUGAACCUGUAAUCUACUUUUCCUGCAUCUAAAUUUACUUUUCUGUUGUUGUUUUAGGCAUUGGAAAACAUAGAAUUACAAUACAAAUAAUAUUCUGGGAGAGUAGAACUUCCCAGCUUUGUCCAGUCUGUCCUUGACUCUAAAUCUCCUAAUGUAAUUGUAUACUUCUGCUCAAGAACCAGUGCUAGACAAACUAUUAUACUCCCACUUUCUUCUAUCCAACUAAAGGCAUGGCUUUGCACAUACUGAGAAGCUGUGUGACUUUGCUGAAUGAUGUCAGGAUUCAUGAAAUCUUGUUCCCAGUCAAGUUAGUGUUGGCAGGCACGCUGUUCUUUAAAGAGGCUACAGCUUUAUGCACUGCUUUAGCAGUGGUAUAUAUUGCUAUUGUACUAAUACAGUGACUAAAUCUGUUCAUGUUGAUAACUCACUUUCUAAAAUACAAAGCCUAGAAACUGGUCUGUGUAGCUUUGCGGAGCUCCACUUGACUGAACAUCCUUCCCCUUUUUAUAAAGUUUAUCAACAGGAUCACAGAUGUUGAAAAACAAAGUGUGAAUUACAGAAGUCGGACCUACUUCAAAUACCAACAUUUAAUAUAAAGAUUUUUGUGUGUGUGUGUGUAUCUAACAGGUUGUGUAGCAGAUACAUAUUUAACAAAGCAUUUCCGAUGAUUUUUUGUUGUUACAAGAUAAAAUAUGACACUAUGUUAAGAAUGUCAACAAAUAUAACUGUUUUUUUCUCCAGCACCAUCUACAUUUUGACAUACAAAAAUAUUUUUAGUGGGAAUAAUGGGAAUGUUUAGAUACUAAAAUAUUGUUAGGAUUUUCUCCCAGGAGUUCCAAGUUUAUUUUGGUAAUGUUGAUAAAAUUAGAUGCAUUCUGAUACCCUAGGAACUCUAUUUUGUGUGCAUUGUUCAUUGAAGUCUUCUCACAUUUAGUCUUUUAAUAUUGCGUGAGAGUCCUAAACUAUUAUCAGUUUUUCAUUCUAGAGGGCAAGGUAGCCUUCCUGAGUAGAAAUAAUCUUAAACUGUGCACUAAGAAUCUAGCUUACAAUUAAGUUUUGAGAAAACUGAUCUAUACAAUAAAUUAAAGGAUGAAUGGGGAAAUUCAGAUGCCGUCUGAAGCAGAGCUUCAUUGGCUGUGGUGUUUUUUCAAUGCCUACAGUUCUUUCUACAGGCUAAAAAAGAUCUGGAGAGGGGAGAAGAGCACCUUCCUUAUAGUCAAGAAGUAGCAGGAGCUUCUGGGGACAAGGACUGUGCAGUCUUACUGCUGCUGUAUUGAGGGCACCUCUGAGCCAGUGAGAGCAGAGAAAUGCAUCAGUAACAGGGCUAAUGUUUCUAUCAGCAGUUCUAAGGCAGUGAUUUAUUGGAGCUGUUCCACCUGCAUAAAUCAAAGCUGAGAACAUUCUUUAUGUUUGGGAGAGCUGGUGGCAUGAGGCAAUGCUAAUGAGUAAGCUGUUAGGGGGACUUUGGGCGAAGGUAGAUGAGGAAACAGGGAGGUUGUUCGAGUGUAGGGGGCAGGUUUGUUGUGAUAUUGAGAGCAAAACUGCAUUUGAUUUGAAAAAUACAAGCUUUAAAAAUAAAAUAGGAUGCCAACUUAUAAUAUGGUAAUGUGCUUCAAACAAAAGUAUGUUUGCUAUUGGCCUGUGCUUUUCUUAAUACAGGUCUGUACCUGUUGUUAGUGAAAAUCUCAGCAGAGAUGUAGCAACUAAUGUCUGAUACUCAGUGCCUUUCCAAAAUACCUAUUGAAUUUUGUAGAAAGUGUUGUCCCUGUCAUGUCCUUGGAGGGAAAUGUGCAGAACUGUACUUGCCCAUGUACAAUAAAAUAUACAGACAGAUGGAAAAGUGAGUAUGGGUCAGACUGGGUCUCCCUUCCCUGGUAUGCAUGAGCAGUUACUUGAAUGAGAAAAUAGUAAUUUGUACUGAUGUUGCAGGGGAAAAAAGCCUCAUUCCUUAAUGGGAAUAGUGAAGUUGGUCAUAUGCCUGGUAUAUUAUCUUGAAUUUUGUAUGGGAUAACUUAAGAAAAUCACCUAAAAUUACAGAAUUUCAGUGUGCAGGAUAGCAGUAUUUUUCUGGCAUUCUCAUCUGCUUAAAAAGCCUAGAACCUGGCAGCCCCAGUGCUAGCGAUAGAUUUGAGAAGAAUUUUUACACAAUUUCUCUGCCAUGAAAAGGUUUUUGAAAUUGUGGAGUUUACUGCAUGAUUUAUGCCAUCAGUGCUAAAUUGCUGUUAGCAGCUGCAGUGCUCUUGGUGAUAUUAAGUUAAUUGGGACAAGACUUUAUGCAGAAUGUGGUCUGUGCAAGUCAGAGCACUCAGCUUCCUUCCAUUGUUAGAAAAUACAAACUGGUCUGCAGCUAUAGAGCUAAUGUCUGCAUGGAAUAAAUGGUCUUUGUAAAAAAUUUUCAACUAGAAUACGUAAUAUAAAUUAUUCUGAAGCAUAUCAGUAGCAUCAGUUAAGAGGCACAUUUCUACCUCAGUAGUGAAUAAGUACCAUUAUUUAAAAAUAAAACCAAAAUGACAACAACAAAAAAAGCAUUUUCAAUCAUUUGGUAGACCAGAGAGAAAAAAUAAUAGCAUCUCAUGUCUAAAUUAUCUAUCAUCUGAGAAAAAUCAGUAUGCAUAUUAUUAUAAUAGAGGAAGACUGUAUGGAAUGAUUUUCUGUUUUGAAAAGCCAUGUGGUUCUGCUUUAAUUCAUUAUGUGAAGAACUAUGAGAGACCAUUGCCCCAUAUAUCCCAGGUCACCAUUACUUUGUGACACACCUAAUUACAGUAAUCUCAUUUUGAAUGGAGUAUCAAAUGCUAAAGUAGAGGAAGCAACAACAACAACAAAAACCUAUAAAAAAGACUAUCAAUGUUAAAAUGAGCAAAUGUCAAUCCAGACUUCUAAGUGUUCAGCAAAACGUUAAACUUAACAAUUUUGGGAUUAAAUUAAAAUAGAUUUUUGAACUAGAUUUGUUUUUUCCAGUGUAAUUUUUUUUGAAAGACGUGUAUUCUUAGUGACUAUACUCUCACAGAAAUCUCCUGACAGAAGAGGGUACCAGAGAGAAUUUUCUGGGUCAUAAACUGCUGGUAUCUCAUUCUGUGUGGAAGGUUUCAAUAAAUAAUGUAACUGGCUGCCUCAGUACUCCUCUUUACACAGAACACAGACUUCAAAUGGAAGGCCAUUCAAUUCAUGCAGCAGCAGCUGUGCCACUUUGAAUGGCUAUCAGCCAGUUAAAUUAUUAAAGACUAACAAACACGUGAUGAAAGUCUUCACAUAAGCUCUUCAUAUCCUAUUUAGAAGAGCACUGUUUGUUUGAACUUUGUUUUGUUUUCUUUUUUUGAAGUGUAAUAUUGCUUUCUUUUGCCAUAGACACUCUCUUCUUGUCUCAAACAAUCCAGUGUCCUUUUAUUUUACAAUAGGUUGACAUACUUUUCCUACUUAGGCUGUAAAUUUAAACAUUUCUGUUAUAAACAUAUAGGAUAUCAAAGUGAGGUGAAUGGAUGUAUUUGUAUGGUUUUCUUUGAAUUAUUGAAAGAUAUUUGCAUAUAAGUCUUUAAAUUUCAAGUGCUGUACUUAGGUUGGUUAAGUUUUAUAUGCUGUUUAGACUGUGUGUAUAGCUUGUGAACCAAUUUGUGUGCUUUCUUGGUUGGAAUUUGUACUUACAGAUUUUCAGAUUACAAUUUCAUAAAAACA